AUGGCACCUGGCCAGGUUGCCGUUGACUUCAACAGAAUCAUCAAUGCAGAGCGCCAGCGUCGUAAAAACGAGGCUCUUGCGCAGGAAAUCUUCAGCAAGAAUCGCAGAUCGAGCGCGCCAGGGGCAGGUCUGAACAAUCGCAAGCCGGGUACCGGGCCAUCACUUGCCAGCAGGGUCGGUAUUGCAAAGCGAACAGUUUCGACUUCAGCUAGGCCAUCGCAAAAGCCCGUGAGACCCGCCGAUAAACCUGGAGCUGGCAAUGUCGACGCCGAAUGGACGCACGAUCUUCACUCCCUAAAUAACCCUUCAGCAUCACGCGUCUCACAGCUGCCCCACCACGCUCCGAAGACAUGGCGCACAAACCGAAACAAACGUCUCUACUCAGCUCUGAACGGCUCAGACUCAUCCUCCGCCGUGGCGGACCAAGUCAACAUUGUUAACGCCAAAAAGCCAUCGUCUGGUAUCUCUAUUAGAGGACUUGCUGGACCAUAUGUUGUCAUGGCCAAGAACUUUGCUCCUGGGACUACGACCGCAGAUAUUGAGAGCGCAAUGACCCCAAUUGGUGGAGUGGCUCUUAGUUGUCGUAUAAUUACCGAGAGACCCAGUGUCAUUGCCGAAAUUGUUUUCGAAUCCAAGGAGGGAGCAGAUAAUGUGGUUGACACAUUCAACAAUCAGAAUGCGGAUGGCAACAUUUUGCACGUAUAUCACAAAAUCGGUGGUCCAGCUCCCAAACUCCCCGUCUCCCAGUCUGCACGUCCAGCCACCCCCCUAGGGCCACGAGCUGAUACUAUCACCGAUCGGUCCGACAAUACUAGAUCAGGAUAUGGUGGCUCUGACCGGUAUGUUCCACAAGGCCGCGGUCGAGAACGCCGACGAGAUUAUGACUCAAGAGAAGAGGUUAUGGAUGGUUCAUAUGGCUUUGAUGACCGUAUGGAUACAGACGAUCGCGAUGACAACCAGUACGACAUGGGUAAAAGUCGAAUGGGCCUGUACAGCGACACCAUAGUAGGCAGUCGUGGCCGUGGACGUGGCCGUGGACGUGGCAGCAGCCGAGACAGAGGCCACGGUAACGAUAGAGGCCGCGGGUACAGAUGA